CCCGUCCCUCUCCAUAUAAAUUUUGUAAACCUACAAAUCCAAAUUCGUCUGUCUCUCUCUCUCUCUGAUGCGAAAGCCCUCCUCCCUCCACAACCUCCUUGUGAUUAUUUUGUCCGGCGACAAUGAGUCCCAAGGAAGGAGGAGCUCUUGCCAGGAUGAGAUAUUCAUCAAAACAAACAACUCCCGCUUCUGCGAAACAAGUAGAAGACGAAAUGAAGAAUCAACAAACCCUAAUCCGUAACAUUUCUUCUGUAGACAAUAUUAAGAACAAGAGGAGAAGGAAGAAAAAGAAGAAGCAAAACAAGGCAAACCCGAAGCAGUACGGGUUGAUGUCGUAUUGGGAGUUGCCGGAGUACAUGAAGGACAAUGAGUUCAUACUCAAUUACUACCGGGCCGAUUGGUCUCUCCCGGAAGCUUUGUUUAGCGUUUUCCGGUGGCAUAACGAAACCCUUAACGUUUGGACGCAUUUGAUCGGGUUUGUUCUGUUUCUGGGUUUGACUAUGGCGAAUUUGUUGGAAGUGCCUCAGGUAGCGGAUCUCCUUGGCUUUUUUGCCAGGUCCACGCCUAUUAGCGGAGUCAAAAAUGUCUCCCGUAAUUUCAUUUCGGGGAUGACAACAAAUCUUAUCAAUUUGAAGCAAAUGACAUCUCAGGAUAUGGAAUUUGCAUCAUCAGCACCAUCAGCUGAAAUGGGCGUGAUAUAUUGGCCAUUUUAUGUGUUCCUCGCCGGCUCUAUGUUCUGCCUCCUCUCAAGCACCAUUUGCCACCUCUUUUCAUGUCACUCACACCCAUUAAACCUCAUGCUCCUCCGCAUAGACUACGCCGGCAUCACCACCAUGAUCAUCACCUCUUUCUUCCCUCCCAUCUACUACAUCUUCCAAUGCGACUCGCGCUGGCAGUUCAUCUACCUCGGCGGCAUAACGGUCAUGGGCAUUUUCACUAUCGUGACAUUGCUCUCGCCUAAGCUCUCAAGCAGCGAAUUUCGCACAUUUCGCGCCUUGUUGUUUGCUUCAAUGGGGUUGUUUGGUAUCAUCCCUGCCAUCCAUGCCAGCGUUGUAAACUGGGGCAAUCCAAAGCGCAACCUCACUCUAUUGUAUGAAGCUGCCAUGGCGUUUUUCUAUUUGACGGGGACCGGAUUUUAUGUCACUCGAAUUCCGGAGAGAUGGAGGCCGGGGUGGUUUGAUUUGGCAGGGCACAGCCAUCAGAUUUUUCAUGUUUUGGUGGUUUUGGGUGCGUUGGCGCAUUAUGGUGCCAUCCUUGUACUGCUAGACUGGCGAAAUAGCUUUGGAUGUGACAACAAUUAAAAUCUAAAUACUACGUCACAUACCAGCAAGAAGGAACUUAGCUUUCUUUUUAUGGGUUGCAGUAGGUUGAGGGUUGAGCCUCUUGAUUUGUAUUGAUGGGGUAGGGGAAAAUUAUUGAUUUGUUGAUAGCCAGCUUAGAGGAGAAGCAGAGGUUGUCAUGCAUUGUGUUUUUUACUUAGAAGAAUUCCAGGAAAACGAAAAGUUGAAAAUUUUGUUCUGUGAUUUAAACAA